AUGAAGUGCCGCCCGUUGUCGCUGCCGCGCGUGCCGGUCGCGCAGCAGCUCACGGCCAACCUGCUCGCGGACCCGGUGACGCCGAGUGCAACCGCACUGACUGCAACACCCGAGGGCUAUCCCUCCCUGCUGCGCCGCGCACGGUUCGUGCAGGGAGGCGCCCACUUUUCCUACGUCUCGCCACUUCCGAUGGCGUUCCCAUACGAGUUCCCGGCACCGGAGGACAAGGAUGCGACGCUCGGAGAGCACCAGAAGCGCGAGAUCGAGGCGGAAGAGGCCGCCGAGGCCGAGCUCGACGAGGCGUCGCGUGCAGCGAGCGAACAGGCGAAUGCAACACGGCGCAUGGACCAGAUCGAAGACACCCUGCGCACGUACGAGGUACAGGUGCCGAAAGCGGGCGAGUCUAGCCCAGAUCCUGUGCCUCCGCAGAGACGCGCCUCGUCGUAUCCGUCGGCGCGCCUCGUCGCUUUCUCGCCGGAGUGCCACCAGCACUGCUUGCCACACCUUGCGGUCGGUGACGCGCACACAUGGCUCCUUGCGACGUCGGGACGCGCAGGGCCGUCGUCGUACAGCUCGGGGCCGAUGGCCGAUGCGGCCGGUGGGCGCCCGUCGCAGUACGGCGAGGCGGGCAACGACGCCGAUGCGCGCCGUGCCUUUUCUGACUGGGCGGCCGGCCGCGCCGUGCCGCUGCACAUUACACACGACCAGAUCGAGGCAGACGGCGGCGCAGGUGUCCGCUUCUUUGCCGAACGUGACGGCAAAGACGCGUCGCACCCUCAAGACAAGCAGCAGCACCGCCGCCGGAUCUCGACCGAGGUGCACCAGCGCCAGGCGCUAGCCGACCGGCCGUAUGGACCGUGGUCGCUGCGGUACGGUGGCUACCAGUUCGGCGAGUGGGCCGGUCAGCUGGGCGACGGCCGCGCCAUGACGCUCAUCGAGUCACAGCACCCCGACGGCGGCCGCUGGGAGGUCCAGCUGAAAGGCGCCGGCCGCACGCCCUACUCGCGCUUCGGCGACGGUCUCGCGACGCUCAAGAGCUCGCUGCGUGAGUUCCUCGCGUCCGAGUACAUGGCCGCGCUCGGCAUUCCGACCAGCCGCUCGCUUGCGGUGACCAGCCUGCCGGAUCUGCCUGUGGCGCGCGAGACGAUGACGAGUGCCGCAAUUGCAAUGCGCCUCGCACCGUCGUGGCUGCGUAUCGGCAACUUUCAGAUCCACAGCUCGAAAGGCGAGUGGGAAAGCGUGCGUCUCCUCGGCGAGUACGUCGCGAAAGAACUCCUUGGAAUGGACGACGUGGUGAAGAGUGGCGUCGAGGACAUGUCGCCUGCGACCCACGCCCCGCCGUGGGCGGAGCGUGUGGUGCGCGAGGUGGCGCUUCGUAACGCGCGCACCUGUGCGCUGUGGCAAGCCUAUGGAUUCAUGCACGGCGUGCUAAACACCGACAACAUCGCCCUGCUUGGCGACACGAUCGACUACGGCCCGUACGGGUUCAUGGACAUCUUUGACGACGCGCAGAUCUGCAACCACUCGGACUACAGCGGCCGGUAUUCGUACCGCCUGCAGCCGACAAUGAUUCUGUAUGCGGUGGAGAAGCUACUCGAGGCGCUUGCGCCGGUGCUCGGCUUUGAGCGGUCGAUGGACCGUGCGCCGCGCCCAUGUGAGCUGAUGGAUGCGGACGAGAAGCAGAUCCAAAUCUGGGCGGACCAUGGUAUGGAGGUGUGUGCGGACCCCAUCCGCGCCGAGCUCAAGCAGACGCUCUUGUCCGAGUGGUCCGCGGCGUGGCUCGAGCGCCUGGGCGUUGCUUCAAAGGGCGCCGAGGCCGACAAGGCGCAGCUCAUUGACCCGCUGCUCGAGGUACUCGCCGGCCUCGACAUGACGCGUGCGUUGCGCUUCCUGUGCGACUUCCCUGUGGCGCAGGAUCUGGACGCGUUUGCCGCCGCAUGGCUCGCGCAUGCCGCGCCGGGUGCUGUGGACGACGCACACGUAUCGGCUGCGCGCCAGUGGCUCGCGACCUACGGCGAAUGGCUCAAGGCUACCGGCCAAUCUGGCGAAGCUUUGGUGGCUGCCAUGAAGGCCAAGAACCCCGCAUUUGUCUUGCGCAACUGGGUCACAGACGAGGCGGCAGAGCGUCUCGAGGAUGCGCACGACACGCAGUUUGUUGAGCGCGUGCGCCGCAUGUGCUUACAUCCCUUCGAGGCGUACGGGACGGAGCGCGACGGCGUCGACAAGGCGCAGGCGGCCGAGGAGGCGCGACUGUGCACGGUCGGCACGGUGCUCACUGGCAAUCUGCCAUCAUGCUCGUCAUAG